ACAUUACUAUUACCAGACUUAAGCGAGGUAAAUUUCAGAAAAAAUAGAAGAAUUUCUUCACCCCUUAAUGAUCAGAAAAUCAACUCAAACCCACGAUUUUACAGAAGUAUCACAAACCCCCCUCAAGCGCCCAACGCGAGUGGCAAUAAAUUUGCUUGUUGAAAGGAAGCAAGCAAGCAAAACAAAAGUGGCGUUAUCUCUCUAGAACUCUCCCACACAAAUGGCUUCUUCUCUCCAGAACUCUCCAUCUGCACUGUAUCAUAGCUUGAAGAACCCGUCGUCAUCGUCUUCACUGCUUAAACGCACCCGUAUUAGUGAUAGAAGUACAAGUGUUGGACUUCAGAAUCGUAAUUAUCGAAACAGAAAUGGGGUCGUAGCUUGUUUCUUGAGUCCACUGGAAGAACCCAUUCUCAAAGAAGCUCUUAAGGAGCCGAUUGCAUUCGCAGGUGGGAUCUUUGCUGGUCUUUUGAGGCUUGAUUUGAAUGAAGAUCCAUUGAAGGAGUGGGUUACAAGAACUGCUGAUGCCGCCGGAAUUACAGAGGAAGAAAUCAAUGCUCAAGGCUCAAAGACUGAAGAAGAAGUCCCAGAACAAAUUGAGAUUGAAUGAUGAAAUCUUGUAUCAUAAUAGUGUAUAAAUAAUAAAAUAUUUGACCAGUCUAAAUGAUGGAUGAUUUCAAGUUCAUAUUA